AUGGCUACUGUUGAAGUCUCCAAACGACAAUAUUGUCCAACUCGGGCUAAGGAGAACAACAGAAGCGAGCUUGUUGCAGGCAGCACUCUGAAGUCGAAGUUAAGGCCGCGAAGAAUGGUGUCUGGACAACCUGAGAAUCAUGACAAGUUGAUUAAAACGCAUAUUCUUCAGAAUACGGAACACCCAGAAAGAAAAAGUUAUUCAACGAGACAAGCAAAUCACUUCGGGCAAGAUCGAGCAGAAACUAUCUGCAUGUUGUGCGACACCGUCGUUAAUGAGCGUCAGUACUACCUUUGGGAAUCGCAGUACACGAAAUCUUCAUUUUGCUCAAGGUGUUCGGAUAACAAUUCCGGACUUCGGUAUAUUUCUUACUGGGGAACGCCUAGCUAUGUGAAGGGUUCCUGGCGUAAACGCCACAACGCAGGAAGAAGCAUAGAUAUCGACCUUACCCCGCUCCUUCAAGUCUUGGACCGCAUAGACAGAAUGAAUACCAGCAUGGGCACCGUCACUCCAUCUAGUGGAAAUGUACUGCAUAAAAUCAGCGAGGCUAAUGAAAGAGACAAUAGUCGCAUGGAUAGGUAUAAAAGAACCGCAGAAGAGGAACUGACUUUUAGAGAUAACGUGGAUAAAGACAUUAGCAAUACUGAGCAAAGUCCUCGGCGAUAUGUUUUACCACAACGCGCAUUAACACGAAUAGUCUCCACAGAAAGUGAAAAUACCUCGUUUGAUACAACGUCUUUAUCGCGAAAUGGUUCAGAAAGUAAUGGUAUUGAAUAUUACACCGAAAACAGCAUUUGUGAUGAAGCUGAAGAGGUAUGUCCCCUUGAACAAACUGAAAUAUGCAUACCAAAAGAAGAAACAAAUGAGGAAAAUAGCAAUCGAUUGAAAUACUCUAUUUUUGAAAGCGGUUUGGAAAAUGAUACUAUAAAACGGAGAAGUACUGCAGAGGAGGAUCACAUUACCGCAGCAAUGAAAAUAGUAGAAGAGAAAUCCACUUCUCCAAUACAACGCACAAGAAGAAAAUCAAUUCUCUCUGUAAGGUCCAGUCAAGAGUUAACCUCUGCCUACACCGAACCCAUGAAUUCAAAUGGUGCACCAAACAUGAAACGGAGAAAAAGUGUUAUAUUCAGGAUAUGCGAUUCAAGUUCCUCAGACUCGGGGGACGACAUCGAGAAAGCAAGUGAUUACAAAGAUGAAAAAAGCAAAAAUGAAUCAGCUGAUUUAUCUUCAGAUAUUGCUUAUGAACUGGAGAACACAUCCAAUGAAACGUAUAAUUUACCUGCAGUUGUAGUAAUCAAAAGGGACCGUGCACCUAUAGUUUCAAUUGAAACGACUAAACAAUUAAAGACUUUCGAGACGACAUGCUUUGACAAGUCUUCUUUAAACAAAUCAAAUGCAACAGUUUCAUCUAAAGAAGGUAGCUGGAAUGUAAAAACAGACGCAACAAAAGAAACCAAGAGAGAUUUUGAAGAAAUCAGACAGAAAAUGGAGGGCUUAAGUCAAAGAAGACACAGUAUGAGGAGAAGAUCUUUGCAGGAUAUUUCCAAAGGAAAAUUUCGGUCAAUGUAUCUCCAUACAACAGGGCGUAACAAUGAAAACAACAGCUCGGAUUCAGAAAACGAUGAUAGUGACAGUUCAUAUGAAUCGAUGGAAACUCUUUCUUGCAGUACCAAUACAAAUAACACUAACGUUUGUGAUAAUUCAGGUUCAUAUCAUACAGAGGACGAUUCCAGUUCACUUGAAGAAGUCAGUGAACUAACGAAAGGAAGUCACAAUACAUCUGGCUUUGAUGAGUCUGAGGACGACAGAGAUGAAGAUAUAAGUACACCAGAACAGCAAAGCACUUCUCUCGACGCAUUUCAGAAAAGUUCAAAUGUGAAUGAGCGCAAUGAUGGCCAUCAGACACAAAAUCUUUGUAAAUGUGAUGGCAAGUGGAAAUCAUAUUCAGAUGUAUCCUCUCCAGAAAGUGAAAAUAAUGAUCCAUGUGUUGAAUCUCAAACAAUACUUGCUGCAAGAAAAUUAACAAAUGAUAGCAGAAAAUAUUGUAGAUCAAACCUGAAGCGACUUCCUCAGGUAAAUAACACUGGCAAAUGGAAAACAAGUCUUGGUUUUUCUACCACUUCAAGUGAUCUUAGUGACGACAGUUGUUUGAAAACCGAUGAUGAUGAGCAUCUUCAAAGUGAAACAGAAGAAAUUGUAAAUGAAGAAAAGCCCGAAUUGUGGAAAAACUAUAAAUCCUCGGUUGACAAUAACGUAAGGAAAAAAAUACGACGAAGAUUUUCUCGGGUUCACUCCUCAAAUGAACUGGGAACUGCGCAUCAAUACCGUGUAAGUUCGGGUAGUUGGAGAGACAAGGUAUACGGAACAAAACAAGAAGAGGAAUCUGAAUCAGAAUCAGAAAAACUUGAUGAACAGAACGAUGCCAAUAAUUAUAUUGAGCUAGAUGGCGACCAAAAAGAGGAGAAUGCUUUGAACUGGCGUACCAGGGGUUAUAGUGUGGACUUUUUUAUGUCACGCAAGUCUAUUACUGGUUCUGAAAUUCUCGAUAGAUAUAAGACAGCUAUUUCCAAUCGGCAGAAACGAAACAGUAGGGACGAGAAAGUGUAUGUUGCAAAAGCAAGAAGAGCUAAGACAAGUGCAAUUUCUCGGAUUAUGACAGAAUCGACAUUGACCUCUGGGUUCACACCCAGACAAAGUUCUGGCUCGAGGAAGGGCAGCUUGAGUGCUGAACAAGUACAGAUGGCUUUUCAGCGAGCAGAAGAGUGUUCUAAGCGAACAACAGAGAGGCUCAAACAACAGUUGGCGCAGGCACAGUUUUAA